AUAAAUGUAAUUUUAUCGAAUACAAUUUGUAUAGUGCAAUCUUCAGAACAGAGUAUAUAUAUCUAACGCGAAAUUUUCAACGGAAUCAGUAUCAUUCGCAUGAGCAGUACAAAUGUGUGAUAUAUCAUAUAUUGCAUCUUAUAAAUUGAAUUCUAUCUAUCAUACUAAAUACGUAUCAGUUAAGAAGAAAGAUAUGAAAUUAUGAGAAUACGUGAUAUUUGAAAUUAAAAUAUUUGUUAUUUGUAAUAAUAGCGUAUUAUAUCGAUACUUUUAUAAUAGUUAAAAAUAAUCUGUAAAGUGAUAAAACUGAUAGUAAGCACAUUGCUUUCGUUAAACAAGCAUAUGUAAAAAGAGGAUUCUAUAAAAUUUCACCUCUUUAUCAAGACUGUUUUUAUUAUCUAUUUUUAUUAAGUUUAGGAAUUUUAAGUGAUAUUUAAUGAUGGAAUUCAAACGACCUGAUCGUCCAAGUCGGUGCACGUGGAAACCAAAUGCAACAAAUUCACCACAUACGUGUAAAAUGGAAUAUGCUGAUCGUAACAAGAUAAUGCCUGAUAUUUUAACAGCUAUUGGUAAAACUCCACUUAUAAAAUUGAAUAAUAUUCCUAAAGCUCAUGGAAUUAAAUGUGAAAUGUAUGUAAAAUGUGAAUUUUUUAAUCCUGGUGGAUCUGUUAAGGACAGGAUUGCAUAUAGAAUGAUUCAAGAUGCAGAAGAGAAGGGUCUUCUAAAACCAGGAUAUACCAUUAUUGAACCUACAAGUGGUAAUACAGGAAUUGGUUUAGCAAUGGCUGCUGCAAUUAAAGGAUAUAGAUGUAUUAUUGUUAUGCCAGAAAAAAUGUCUGAAGAAAAAGUGUCUACUCUUCGUGCAUUUGGUGCUGAAAUUGUUCGAACACCCACAGAAGCAAUUUGGAGUAGUCCAGAGUCACAUAUUAGUGUUGCACAAAAAAUACAAAGUGAAAUACCAAACAGUAUCAUCCUAGAUCAGUACACUAACCCUGGGAAUCCACUAGCUCAUUAUGAUCAAACUGCUACUGAAAUUUGGGAACAAUGCGAAGGAAAGAUAGAUUAUGUAAUAAUUGGUGCAGGUACAGGUGGUACUGUGAGUGGUGUUGGACGAAAGUUGAAAGAAUUAUCACCAGAUAUAAAAAUUAUUGCCGUGGAUCCCAAAGGAAGUAUUUUAAACCCAGCAAAACAAUCAGAAGAAGAAAUUGGUUUUUACGAAGUAGAAGGAAUUGGAUAUGACUUUAUACCUACAGUGUUAGAUCGUAAUGUAAUUGAUGACUGGAUAGAGACUGAGGAUAAUGAAUCAUUUAAUGCUGCCAGAAUGCUUGUACGUCAGGAGGGCUUAUUAUGUGGUGGUAGUAGUGGUGCUGCACUUGUAGGUGGUCUUAAAAUAGCUAAAGAUCUUCCUGAAGGAAAACGUGUUGUUAUGAUUUUACCUGACGGAAUACGAAAUUAUUUGACCAAAUUUGUAUCUGAUCAUUGGAUGGAAGUUAGGGGAUUUUUGGCACUCGAGUGUAACAAUGAGAUGAACAAAUGGUGGUGGAAUAUGCCAGUUUCAAAUUUGUCUUUUGAUAAACCGCUUUUAUUAAAGGAAAACACAAUAACAUGUCGUGAAGCUACUCAUAUUUUUGAAGAUAAAAAGUCUCAACCAUUAGUUAUUAGUGACGACAAUGUACAUGUAAAAGGUGUUAUUAUCCCGAAUAAACUUAUGUCGAGUUUAAUUUCUGGUGCAGUAAAACACACAGAUUUUGUAGAGAAGACUAUGAUCAAACAUUAUGUUAAAGUUAAACCUUCUGCAACUAUUGGUCUACUAUCACGUAUUCUUGAAAAGGAAUCGUACGCGAUUAUUUUAGACGACGAACAUAAUGAUGCUUUUGUUGGCAUUGUAAAUCAGUUUCAUAUUCUGAAUUUUAUUGCCAAAAAUGAUAAAAUAACAUCUAAUAAUAUAAGUUAAGUUUUAGAAACCAAUAUACAAUCUAAGAUUAUAAGAUUUAUAUUAUUUUACUUUUAUAUACUAUUUUACAUAUUUCCAUAAUUUUUUAUUACAUUUUAUAUUAGUCUAAAAAAAUAAAAUUAUGCGAGAACUUACAUGUGAAACAAAGAUUCAAAUAUCAAACAAAGUACAAAUAUACUUUAGGAUAUAGUUGCAGAAUGGGUGAUAUUUACCACAUUUAACUUAGGUAAAAUUAUAUGAAUUUUGAAUUAUGUAAGUUAUGAAAAUUGCAUUUAUCUUUUCAAUAUAAUUGGUUGUGAUUA